AUGGCAGACGCUCAGAAGCAGCUUCAGGCUCUCAGCGAAGAGUAUCAGAAGCUCCAAACCGAGCUUGAUGAAGCUAUUGGAGCUCGAGAGAAGCUUGAAGCCCAGCAGCAGGAAAACACGAGUGUGCAAAAGGAAUUCAAAACGCUUGACGAUGAUGCAAACAUUUAUAAACUCGUUGGACCGGUGCUGUUGAAGCAGGAUAAGACAGAGGCCGUCAUGGCCGUUGAUGGCCGUCUGGACUUCAUAGAAAAGGAAAUCAAGCGAAUCGAGAAGCAAAUCACCGAUAUACAGGAGAAGAGUGACACCAAGAGGGGAGAGAUCAUUCAAUUACAAUCGCAAAUACAGCAGCCACAGCCUGGUGGAGCUCCUGUAGCCGCCUGA